AUGCGCAGAGCGAGGCGGGGUGGCGGCGGGUGCGGCGGCUCCGCGGCUGCGCGGGCGCGUGCUGGCGGCGGCGGCGGCGGCUCGGUCCCGGCCCGCGCCCGCGGCGCCCCCGCUGCGGCCGGAGCGGCCUGGCUGCGGGAUCGGUGCGCAGCGAUGGCGCGGCCGCCCUGGCAGUGCCCGCGGGCCUGGGCGCCGCUGCUCUUGCUGCUGCUGGAGGGGCCCGCCGCCUGCGCUGCCAGCCCCGCGGACGACGGCGCGGGCCCUGGGGGCCGGGGACCCCGGGGCCGCGCGCGGGGGGACGCGGGCGCCGACGAGGCGGUGCCGCGACACGACUCCUCCUACGGCACCUUUGCGGGGGAGUUCUACGACCUGCGCUACCUGUCCGAUGACGGUUAUGCUUUCCCUACGGCUCCUCCUGUGGAUCCAUUUGCCAAAAUCAAAGUGGAAGACUGUGGAAAAACUAAGGGAUGCUUUAGAUAUGGCAAACCAGGCUGUAACGCAGAGACCUGUGACUACUUCCUUAGCUACCGGAUGAUCGGGGCUGAUGUGGAAUUUGAGCUGAGUGCAGACACAGAUGGCUGGGUAGCAGUUGGAUUUUCUUCAGACAAGAAAAUGGGUGGUGACGAUGUCAUGGCCUGUGUCCACGAUGACAAUGGCAGGGUCCGCAUACAGCACUUCUAUAACGUGGGCCAAUGGGCAAAGGAGAUUCAGAGAAAUCCUGCCAGAGACGAAGAAGGAGUUUUCGAGAACAAUCGUGUCACCUGCCGAUUUAAACGCCCCGUGAAUGUCCCCAGAGACGAAACAAUCGUGGAUCUGCACUUGAGUUGGUAUUACCUGUUUGCCUGGGGUCCAGCCAUUCAGGGCUCUAUCACCCGGCAUGACAUAGACUCUCCACCGGCUUCAGAGCGUGUUGUCAGUAUUUACAAGUACGAAGACAUUUUUAUGCCGUCAGCUGCCUAUCAGACCUUCUCAUCUCCGUUCUGUUUGCUUCUCAUUGUUGCCCUGACCUUCUACUUAUUGAUGGGAACCCCUUAGCCACUGCCACAAGGCCAGCAGAGUCAGUGGAUUGGAAAGCCUUUAGUAUAAUUUUUUAAAAAUAUCCUGUAUAAUUUUGGCUUCUGUUAUUUAAAAAAAAAACUUAUGAUUUCAGCUUUUUGGAAGAAAGAACAAGCUUCUUUUCUAGUCAAAGAGGGUUGUUUAAUAAUGAUCCUACUUUUGGGAAGUACUUAAAACUUUUAUAAGCACUUUCAAAUGUGUUUUCUUAUUUGAGCCUCACAAUAGUUCUGUUUUGGCUCAAUGAAGAUUGUAAUUGCCAUCUUAGCAAGAUUUGAGAUCCAGAAAAGCUGUCCAUUUAUGACCCACAUGCCGUGUACCUCUGUUACUUGGUCAAAUAACACAUAGCAAGGGAGAGAAGAGCUAGACACAGAAAUCCUGUCUCUGGACAAUCUUUACUGAGUAUUACAGCCCAAAAGAGUUACUUUAAGAUUGCUAAGGAGAACUUCCCUGGGUAUCACAAGUUCAUGGUCAGUCUUUUGAGCGAAUUUUUAUAGAACAUAAGUACUUUUAGAUGUGUAUACAGUUGAUGGGAAGGAUGGGGAAGAUUAAAAUUAUAUGAAAAUUGUUCAUAUCUAUUUGAUUUCUUCUCAAUUAGUGUGUAGUUGUGAGAAAACGUUUUUAAUAGCUCUUUGAAAAGGUUACAAACAGAACUGUGACUGUUCCUGAUGCAAAAUCAUUUUGACGGUUAAAAAAAAAAAAACCAUGGGUAUCCUUAGUUUGAAUUUGGACUGUUCUACCGUUGUAUUUUAUAAAUGAAAGUAUUCAACUGUUCUUAUUGCCAAUUCUAUUGUCAAAGUCAGCAUGCAUUAAAGUACGUGUUGUAGCAGACAUGAUUAAGUAUGUCAGCAUGAUUAAGGAUGUGGUAAAGCAGACAAAUUGUCUUACUAAAAAUUUAAGUCAUUUUAAUACUAUAUCAAUAUUUUGGGGGGAUUGAAGAGAUUUGGAGCAAAAAAAUAUUGAAUUAGUAAAAUGGGAAAAUGACCCAUAAAGUGAAUUCACCUAGUGUAUCUAUUCAAAAUGUUCAGACUUGUAAAUUGGACUGGCCGUCAGCAUAAUUCUUCAUAAUGCCUUGAUGUAAUGAAUUUCCUUUUUUUAAAAGGAGCCCCAAGUAUUCCUUUGUUCCUAAGGUCUGUGCUGACAGCCCACUGGGGGGGAAUGACCUGUGGGCACGGUCACACUACUGAGAGGCACUCCCAUGUGGUGCUCCGGAGUCCUCUGACUUGCCCCUGUUGCCGGCUCCAACUCUGUGAUUAAAUAGUACUGGAGACUGUGAGCUCUAAAGCCAUCUUUGAGAUUCAUGUCAGAGGUGAAGCCCACCUACGGGGAGAACUUUCACAUUCUUCUGGUCCGAACCAAAAGAAAGAAGACAUCGUUGCUCUGUGACAUCUCACAGUUAGCAAGUACUUCCAAGAGAUAUAGGAGAAGUACCCCUCAUUGCAGACGAGGAGAGAGAAAAUAACAUCGAGUGAACAAUGGACCUCCAGAUGCAAGCCCAUGGCUACCCCUGACUACCAAGGCCUCACUAAGCCCUUCCUCGGUGGUGACUGAGCAUGAUGGGCUGUGUGUCACCUUCUCAGCUUUAAUGGCUGGUUAGGAGUGAGGAUUGAGUAUGCAGGAACCCAUGUUGUAAAUAAGAAAGCAAAUAUUUUUAUAUUUCACUCUCUUCUGUGUACAAUAUUUGAGCUAUAAAUAGGUUAAAGCAAACGAACAAACAAAAAAGACCAGUUAGUAGCAGGCAGGGAAAAAAAAAAUGAGUGGAGAUUCCGUCUGCUUACAUUUCAGACCAAGCUAUUUAUUUCACUAAUUGUUCCUACUUUGGUUAUGGUUCUGCAUUUUUAUGCUGAGCACUUUCAGUGACUUCUUGCCCUAAGGUAUCAUGCAAACGAUGGACAGCUUUGACACCACCUGCUGCUGCUCUCCAUUGCUAAGUCCCAGCAAGAAUGAAGGUUUCUGGGUUCUUCAGACCUGCUGGCUCUUGACUGUCAGGUGCCCCAUGUUCAUACACACUCCACCUCCUGUGUAUGAUGAGCUGCCACUUAUCUUUCAGGUCAUAGCCUAGUUACUUCUUCCUCCAGUCCCCUGGACUUGUAGGUUUAGGACCCUGCCCAACACUCCCAUAGCCCCUGGGGCUUCCUCACUAUAACACUCACCAAAUUUUAUUAUAAUUGCUGACUUUGUCCUCCUGCUAAUUCCCUCAUGCAGGGACCAUUUCUCAUUACUCAUUACUGAGCAGACACUACUCCAGAGUAAGUACUCAGCACACGUGUGGAAUAAAUAAACAUGUGAAGCUAUGAUGUGACAGUAUGUCAUAUUUGGUUCAGAAGACAUGUAUUUCAUAUACCUUACCAGACUGGCCAUUUGUUUUUAUUCUUCUACCUGCAAUCAAACCACAAAUUACUCUUUUAGCAAAUGCUGAAUUUUGUCUUUUGAAACAUAAAUGGGAAGAUCCUUAAUAACAGUUCUAAUUUGCCUGCAUUAAACAUUAGUUGACUCCCCCCUCCCUGCAGCACUGGGUAUUGAACCUAGGGGCUCAUACAAACUAAACACUCUACCAUUGAGCUACAUUCACAGCCCUUUUAAAAAAAUUUUUUUUUUAAAUUUUAAGACUGGUUCUUGCUAAAUUUCCCAGGUUGACCUUGAACUUGUGAUUCUCCUGCCUCAGCCUCCUGAGUCACUGGGAUUAGAGGCAUACCACUACACCCAGCUUAGUUGACAUUAUAAAACAAUAAACCUUGUUCAGAAGUAAGAAUUCACAGACUAGGGAUGCAGACCAGCAUUUGUCCAUCAUCUCAGAGAAUCAUCAGUUGAUAGGCAUGCUGAAAUUAAAACCCUAUAGACUUUGAUUUUGAUUUCUUCCAUUUUUUUUUUUUUUUUUGUAAAAUUCCUGAAUGGAAUAAUAGUAAAGCUAGCUGAAUGUAUUUAGUGCUGUUCUAAGCACUUUAUGUGGAUUAACCCAUUUAAUCCUCACAACCAUAGGAAGAUUCUAUUAUUAAUCCAAUUUUACAGAUGAAAAAAAUGAGGUUAGUCAUUUGGCAUAAAUUACGAGGGCUGGCAAGGACUUGAGAUACCAUUUAAUCCAUGCAUUUAUAUUAUAAGGAGGCAGCAAAGACCCUGGGGGGUGAUGGAUUUCCUGCACAUUCAUGCACAUUCCUGUGGAGUCACCAACAGUUUUAUUCAGUGGAAACUGUUAUCCAUAUUCAACUUAACUAGGUGCCUUUUUUCCACUUUAGUAACUUAUAAUGAAUAGGAGGACUUUUUAUAGUUAUAGUGAGGGAAGGAGCACAUUUUACUUUGUAUCAACUUUCUUUUCUGCUUAAAAACAUUUUGAUUACCAGUCAUCUUAGUGCUUUUAAUACUUAAAAAAAUUACACAUUAGACAAAAUGGGAAGAAUGUAUUUAUCUUCAUUUAUUUUUAAAAAUGACCUGCCUAAAACCUAGGUCUAUAGUCUAACUUGGAAUCUAAUGACCCUUUUAUUUUUGUGAUGCUAGGGAUUAUAUGCAGGGGUGCUUUACCACUGAGUUACUUCCCCAUCCCUUUUUAUUUUUUUUUAUUUUGAGAUGGGGUCUUGCUAAAUUGUAGAGGCUGGCCUUGAACUUGUGAUCCUCCUGCCUCAGCCUCCCAAGUAGUUGGGAUUACAGAUGGUAUCACCAGACCUGUCUCUAGUGCCCUUUUAUGAUUCUACUCUAGUCUCAAAGGUAAAUCUAUAAACAUGAUUUCAGAUAAAAUGCAGAAACUAUAUUUAAGUAUCUUGGGUUGCCUUUUGUCAUUAAAUAAAUUAGAAAGUUUGGACAACUUGGGAUGGAUUUCCAUCCUAGAUAGUAUUUACUAAUGUUCCUGUAAUAAAGGUUAAUGUCUAUAUUCAGGAUUUUGUCUUAAGACAUAUUACCACUGCGUUUACCACUUAGCUCUAGCCCAGGAUAAAUUCCUGGGUAAAAGGUCGGGUUGUAAAUAUUUUUGACCUUGCACUCUGUGUCUCAGCUGUUCCACUCUGCUGUAGACAGAAUAUAAAUGAAUGAGCAUGGCUGUGUUCCAAUAAAACUUAAUUGACAGAGAAAUUUGAAUUCAUAUAAUUUUCACGUCACAAAUAUUCUUUUGAUGAUAAAAGCCCUUUAAAAUUGUGAAACCUAUUCUUAACUUGUAGGCUGAACAAAAACAGGAAGAAGUCUGGGUUUGGCUGUGGACUGUGGUUUUCCCAUACUUGCUGUUGGUCAGGAACACAGCAGUGUAUCAUGAUCUGUUGUAAAUUAUACUGCCAACAAUUUAUUACUGGCUAACUAUAAAAAUAUUGAUGUUAGUGAAUAACUUAUCUUAAAAAUAAAUUAUAGUUGAUUCAUUGCUAUAAGUAAAUGGCAAAACCAAGAGUAAUAGCACACACCCGUAAUUCUAGCCACUUGGGAGGCUGAGGCAGGAGGAUCACAAGUAUGAGGCCAGCCUGGGUAACUUAGCAAGACCCUGUCCCAAAAUAAAAGAUAAUACGGACUGGGAUAUAGCUCAGUGGUAAAGUGUCCCUGAGUUCAAUCCCCUGUACCAAAAUAAAUAAAUAAAUGGCAUAAUGAUAUUCCCAUGCACUUAUAUUCUAAUUUUUUUACUGUACUUGGUGUAAAACAAUUGGUGGUAAAGCAUAAAGCUGGGUAAGUUAGUUUUAUUUUGCCUAAGCUGUGGCCAUCAUGAGCAACUUUUACUAUUGAAUUGCCCUUCGCAGUGAGGAUUUCAAUGUGUCAGAGUGAUUUAUUUCCCUGAAGUAAUUUAAGUUUUAUCAACCUGUGCUACACCCAUACGAGUGUUUUAUACAUGUGACAUGGCAUAUACCUGAUGUGAUGGAAAAUAUUUGAGCACCAGGGCACUAGGCCAAAUGCUGAGAUGUGUAUACUUUGUUAUUGUAUAUAUGUAUAUCUUUUCUCUCUAAACAGAAUUGGUUAUGUGAUGAACAGUUUGAUUGUUCUCAGUGUGUUUAUAUAUAUAUAUUUGUACAUACCUGAAGGGGUGUGGGCGUGUUUACACAUAAAUGCAUAUAUAUAUGAGCAUUUAAGGGUCUUUAUCAGGGCUGUUUUUGUUUCUAAUCUCUUGUAUACUUUAAAAUCCAUGAGAUAAAAUAUUAUGUGUGUUACAGGGUAACCUACCCUUGAGUUUAUAGCAAUUUAGUUUAUAGAAAAGAUUCCUGCAACAAGGCUUGCCUCUUCCAUUCAAAAUUAUGAAUUGUUAAGAGCGUAUGAAGUAUCAUUGUUGAACUUGACUCUUCUAUACCGUUAGUUAAGAAACCAAGACUAGUGUUAGAUGAGUAAUUGGCAUGUUGGUGCAACCUAUACAUGCUUCAUAUUUAAUUAACUUCCUGAUUCACUUAUUUAAUUAGCAAAUUACUUAGUUUCGAGUUGGACUUCUUUGUUUUUAUAUUUAAUGGUGACUUGCAUUUCAGUUCCUUUUCAUGAAAAUAGUAGCUAAGCCAAUGUAAUUUUAAAUAUGUCAGGUGACUAAAACUUUGUGACUCAUUAAGCAUUUGGGAAUUUUUCCCUUAAAAUACACUGAUGCUUGGUUAAUGUUGGUAGUUUUCUCCUGGAUAUUUGCUAUUAGGUGAAAAACCAUUCUGUUUGAUUCUUCUGGAGAUAAUCAAUUCAUUGAGGUUAUGGGGUACUGCAGUGGUGUGGCAUUUGCCCAGGUUACUAGAGUCCUUACUGUUUCAUCACCUAGAAUGUUCUGAUCACCUGGAUGAGUGACACAGCCUCUCCACAUGCCUUAUUCCCACUGAUGUGUUAAUGUGCUGGAACAAUCUGGCUCCGGGAGUAUUAAUAUACUUUUUUUGAGACUGUCUACAAAAUACUAUUUUGUAAAAACUAUGCCUUUAAAUAGACAUCGAUGGGUUAUAUUUGUUUUAUAAUAAUUGUGUACCAAAUGUUCAAUUGUGAUUGAUUUUGAGAUUAUAUAUAAAUGUAUAUUUAUAAGCCUGUCCUAUGUGAAUUUUUACUCAAUGUGGUACAUUAAUUACUAAAAAGACAUGGAUUUCUAUUUAUGUAAAGUAAUAGUAUCAAUACUCCUAAAUGCUGCCUAAUGAUUAUUCUGUCCAUUUGCUAUCAUACUUUUAUCUUUAGAGGAUUAUGUUACAGUCAGAAUAUAUUAACUAGAUUUAAAAUAUAAAUUCUCAACAUAGUUUGAAAUUCUUCCUGUUGAUGUAAUUAAAAUUAGUUUAUAAUUCCGUAUUGCUUUGCUCAAGUGCAUUUUUGUUUUUCCAUUUCUUUGUUUUAAAUCUUUCACUGGUUAAGUUUCCCUCAAUGCUUUCUGAAUCUACAGAUCUUGGAUUGUCUGACAAAGAGGAAGAUCUUAUUGUUGUAGUCAGGUAAAAAUCCCCAUAGAGGAGCAAAGGAGCCGUGUGCAAAGUAAACUUGUGUUCAUAGCUUCAUUUUAAUUCCCUAUCAAGUUUUAAGUGGAGGUCUGUAAUCCCAUUUCGAGUAU